AUGCCCAGCUACAGCGAUCGCGAGUCCAUCGACUCCGGCCGUCAGUCGGUGCCCAUCUCAGACCCAGACAGAGCCCCUCCACCAUUGCCUAUUCCGCCCAACUCGCCUGGCCUGGCCACACGGUCCAAUGCUUCGGCUAACAUCCAGGCCACCGCUCAGAGGGNNCUGACGGAGCGUGCCCGCGAGAACAUGCCCGCCAGCGCCUAUACCACAAACCCGCCGCCUUCCACUUCGCCCGACAAGUCGUUGAUCAAGGGUGCUCACCACCGUCGCCUACAGUCUCUCCAGACAGGAAGUGUCCGAGACCUUCGCAGCUACCUUGAUGGUAUGCGCAACACUUCUCCUGAGAGGCCUACCUCUAGAUCUACUGCUACUUCCCAAGGCUCACCCACUCGCCCUACUGAGGGCGACUACUUCUCGAGCCCUCCCCAGGAUCACUCCACGCCUACACCAGCCGACAGAAAUGCUCUCAGAGACGCACCCAAUCUUCGUCCUGCCUCUCGUCCCAGGGCCAUCCUCGGUGAAAACACUCCUCCAUCGGCGACCAUGCUUGCUCUGCAGACCAUGGCUGCUCGCGAUCCCGAUUCUUCCCUUCACGACGUCACGAACUCUACCUCCUCUCGCGAACCCAAGACGUUGAACGAGAUGAUGGCACAACUUACGAAUAUUACGAACAUUACUUCAGGCAUGCAAAAGGAGAUGGCGCAGCUGAACCGUCGCAGCAAGGAUAACGCUGCUGACUUGAUCGGUCUGAAGCAGGCUGCUGACAGUCGUGACGAAGAGAUUCGCAGAAACUUGCGCGACUUGCUCUCCAACGUAAGUGCCUCCGAUGCUGGCUCCGUCUUUGGCGGCAGAUCAUCUGCCUUCGGUCUAGGUCUUCUCGAGAACAAAGGCCUGACCUCACCACCUGCUGGAGGAAGACCGUUUGGCUCUCUGCCUCGCUCGAACAGCCACGGCAGUUUCCUUGAUCCUGGCAGUCCCAACCCUUUCUCCAUGGACGGUGCCGCUAGUGUUGCAAUGCUGGAGAAGAUUAUCCGCGAGAUGGUUACCAAGGAUGGUCAGGACCGCCUCCUAUCGACUUUGUCAGAGCUGCUCGACAAGCACAGCAGGGAUAACGUCCAGGCUAUCGAAACCGCUCAGAAGGUGGCUGAGCUCUCUGACUUUAUCAAGGAAAAGUCGGGCAGUCAUGCCCUCGUCCGUCACUCGUCAGACGUCCAAGACGAUGAACAAAAGUCAAAGGCCAUUGACGCCAUGAGCGCUGAUAUUCUGAGACUUCUCCACAAGAUCAAGGAUAGCACCUCUCAGAGUGGUGGCCUGAGUAAUGAGAUCAAGGCACUUCUCCAGAACCUUCGAGGCGAGGUCUUGGGCAUGGGCCGUGAGCUCGGUCGUCAGCUGGACCAGGCCAACUCUACCGCUAGGGUUGCCGAAGACGGCUCACAGAUCAAGACUGAUGUCGAGGAAAUCGUCAACCAAGGCCUGUCUCAGCUCAGAGAGCACAUGGAGCAUAUCAUUCAGCAAAACUCACAACAACUCAUCAUGUCCAACCAUCAAGACGAAAACAAGAACAAGGACAUGUACGACAUUGUCAAGAGUGCCAUCACAGAACACAGCACGGCUCUUGUUCAGGCUCAACCUCAAUCAGAAGGUCUUGAUAGGGCGAGCAUUCUUGAGGCAGUCAAGGACGCCAUUGAAGAGUUCAGACCUGAGANNUUGAGCUUCAGCAAUUCGGUCUUGAGCGUGACGAGAUCCUUUCCGAACNUCAAGUCUGCUGGUCCAGGCAAUGCUGCCACUCACGCGAUUGUUCUUGGAGCAGUCAAGGAAGGUCUCGAGAACCACGGACCCCAUGCUCCUCGCGAAUUCGAGAUCAGCAGAGAUGAUUUGUUCGACGCUGUCAAGGCCAGUCUUGAUGGAUCGACCCUUCCUUUCGGCAGUUUCGGCGAGCAAGUUCUUGAUCAACUUCGCAAUCUCAUAGAAGAGAUGAAGGUCGAGUUCAAGCAGUACUCUGCUGCCAACGGUCGCGAUACCGAGCAGGUCCUGGACGCCAUCAAGGAUGGUCUCGAGUCUUUGCGUCACGAGGUCGAGUCUUAUGUCGACCGCGCUCAGGAUGUCACUGGCAAGGACGAGAUUGUCGACGUCGUCAGAACUGGUCUCGAACAGCUUCGUGGUGAUGUUCAAGGCUAUUGUGCUGAAGGCCCAUCUAACGGUCGCAACGAAAUGAUUGACUAUAUCAAAGCCGAGUUCGAACAUCUACAUGAAGCAGUCAGCGGCCUCGGCUCUCGUGAAGGCGAAGAAGGCCGCCCCUCGAGUACUUCUGAAAUCCUCGUGGCUCUCGAAGCUGGUUUCCUGGAACUCAAGAAUCAAACCUCUAGCCGUGGUCUUCUUGACGAGACCAACGAGGAAGUUUUGGAAGCCAUGAAGGCUGAAUUCGAGGCUCUUCGCGAUGCUGUCAUUGCCGGAUCAAACACCCACAAGGCCGAAGUCAUCGAGUCUCUACAAGAGAGUCUGGACGCCCUUCAUGACAAGGUCGGCCAUCGCGAGGACGCAACUUCUGACAACGAACUUCUGCUUUCUAUGAAGGAUGAGCUGGCUCAUCUGCGCGAGACUUUAGCCGCCACUCUUCUGAAAUCUGGUGCUGCUGCCGAGAGAGACGAGAUGAUCGAGGCUGUUCGCGAAGCCGUCGAUACAAUACGUAUGCAAAUGAGCUCUGAACAAGGCGAAGCUCAUGUCGAGACUCUGGCCGCUCUCAAGGAGCAAUUGGAGAGUCUUCGUGAAUCUACUACAAAGGGCCUUGUUCUCAGCACCGGUGAAAACAACGAGGAAGAAUAUACCCAGGCACCUCUAGAAGAGAUAAGGACUCGUCUAGAUGAGAUCGCUGCUGCCAGCAGUGGCUCAGGCGUCAACACAGCUCUUCUGGAAGCUAUCCAGGGCGAGUUCCAGCAGAUCCGUCAUUCUAUGGGCACAGGUGGCUCUCGCGCCGACACAGAGGAGGUCCUCGAUGCUGUCAGGCUUGGUCUGGACGAUCUCCAGUCCUCUCUUGAAAAGAAGAUCGACAAUCCCGAGAUGCACAGAAACCUCAACAACGAGCUUAUGGACACUCUGAACGAGGGUCUUGACAAUAUGCGCUCCGACGUCUCCAAGAUCAUGGACAAGCCUGUCGACAUGACCGUCAACUAUGAGAUUCUUGAGACUUUGAAGGAGGGCGUCGCCAGUCUUCGCGCUGAUAUGGAGAAGCUUACUGGUGGCGAUCGUCCCUCGACAGCUUGGGGUAGCGAGCUGAUUCUUGCCGAUGCACCUGGCGAGGAAGGAUCACGAGAGCUGAGUGAAGACGACAAGGCUGCUCAUCCGGUUAGUCUCAAGGAGAGAAUGGAAGCUCUGUUUGCUCAGUUGCAUAUCAAGGUCGAGGGCCUGGCUGCCAGCAUCGGCGACAUGCCUGCCACCUCGGCAGCCCCUGCUGAAGGUACUGCCAUGAAGGAAGACUUGUUCGGCAUGGAAGAGACACUCCGACAGAUUCAAGACAACCUUUUGGUCAUGGCUGAGAAGGAAAAGGCCGAGCUUGACAAUGCCGUCACUAAGGAAGAUACUGACGCUAUUGAGACUCUGCUACGCAACACCAAGGCACAGCUCGAGGAGCUUCCUGCUACCGCCGCUAGUAGAGAACAGUUGGACGAUGUCGAAGCGGUCGUCCGCAGUGCCAAGGAGGCUAUCGAUAGCCUUGCUACUAAGGAGGACGUUACUGUUGUCGAGAUCCUUCUCAGAGACCUUGCCACUGCUUUCGAACACUCCAAGUCCAGGAGAUCGGAAGACGACGAGGACGAGGAGUCAGCUCCUCGCUUGGACAAGGCAGACCUCGAUGCUCUUGGCAUGCUCUGUACUGAGAUCAAGGAAAAGAUCUCGGAGCUCAACCUACCUGACCCCGAAGCACUCCCUUCCAAGGCUGACGUGGAACAAAUCACUGGUCUCAUCAAUGACUUCCGCGAGAGUCACGAUAAGGUCAGAGAAGGAUACGAGAACGACAUCGCCAUCACCGCCAAGGCUUUCGACGACCGCAGAAAGGAGGCUGAAGAGAUGUCUGAGGCUAUCUCUGGUGUCAAGACCUUCUUAGAGGAGGUCAAGGCCGAGAUUCUUGCCAAGGUUGAGGAAGGUACACCUGGCAUGACUGACAUCGAAGAAGCCAUCAAGUCAAUCGACGGCAAGGUCGCUGGCGACGAAGGUAUCGGAGCUGACAUCAAAGAGCUCUUGGAGACUGUCAAGAACGAGUUCGAGCGUUCCCAUGAAUCUCUAGGCGGCAUUAAGAUUGAUCACGAGCAGAACAGCUCUACCCUGCUCGAGAAGCACGCAGAGCACAAGGAUGCUAUUGUGGCUGCUGUCACUGAAAAGGUCGAUUCUUGCUUUGAUGGUCUGAUGAGCAAGUACGACGAUGCUCAAGCUGCAGCACAUGAGAAGGCUAAGACCAUGGAAGAGCAGGUUGAGCAGCAGAAGGAGAUGCUGAACAGCACAAAGGAGAUGACUGACGAGCUGAAACUCUCUAUCGACACGUUGGGCACCUCCUUGACAGCAUUCAUUCCUUCCUUCAACGAGGCUACCGAGAAGAUUUCCGAAGACUCCAAAACUGUUUUCGAGAAGGUCGAGGGUGCUAUGCUCAAGAUGGAUGAGCACAACGAUGGUCUGAAGACUGAGCAUCAGACCACUCGUGAUGAAAUUGUCAAGGUUGUCGGGGCCAUUGCUCUUCUUCAGGGAGAGUCCAAUGAGUACAAUCCUCAAUUCUCAAUGUCUCUCAAGGAGCUUCAUGCUCUUGUCAGCGCUCACUACGAGUACUCGCAACAGCUUGCUGCGACCGCGGAGGAGCAGGCCAAGACUGUCCAUGAUACCAUUCGCACCGCCACUGAAGAGUCGAAGACUCACAUCGAAGGUCUCUUUGCUGAGAAUCUCAAGAAUCACUUCUCUGAGAAUCUCAGUGCACAGACGGAGGAGCUUAAGGGAGCCCUUCCUGCUUUGUUGCCUGUACCUGUUGAGCCCGUCGAAAAAUACGAUGAUACUGCUGUCCACGAGAAACUCGACAAGCUUGUCAACGAUACUGCAGUCCUUGAGAAGCUCGAUACUCUUGUGAAUCUUGCUGGUGAAGCUGGAGCAGCCACGGCUCAGAUGGAACGCUUGGAUGAGAUUCAUACUCAAGUCAAGGCUACUGCCGCCGAAGUUUCCGCUUUCGUUGCUAUACAGCAGAAGCAGAUCACUGAUGGUCAGGAGAGCAAGGAGCUUGAGGCUCAGGAGCUUGCUCUUCUUCUUGAGCGUCGUCAAGUGCAGAAGGACAACAUUGAGUCUGACAUUUCCUCGCUCAAUGAAGAGAAGGAAAGCCUUCAAGCCAUUAUCGAGGCCCUUCGUGCUGAGAAGGAUGCCCUUGCCGCGCAGAAGGCUCGUCUCACUGGUGAUGUCUCUUCCCUCCACACUGCUUUGGAGAUCAGACGUGAGGAGUUGCACGUUAUGGAUGAGAAGGCCGAUGCCUUGGAACGUCGCAUCCUUGAGGGCCUUAUUGACCACUCCCGUGCCAUGCUUCUCACGCAGAAGGCACCCAAGACGUCGCCCAAGAAGAAGCCUAUGCGCGAUCUGCGCCUUCCCAGUGAUGCUUCGACUACGCAACUUCCUGCCCCCACCACACCUAGCCUCUUACAAAGCCAUGCACUGGCUAUGAAAACUCGUGGUAUGCCCAAGAAGACUGGUACUACUCCUAACACUGGUGAGCGCCGCAUCAUGUCUCUUAGCCAAAUCAGCCGCAAUCUACCCUCUGGCGCUGCUGCAUAUGCUGCCGCUGCUCCUAGCCUGGUUUCGGCUCAAGGCUCAAUCAACCGCAGUCAAUCUCUCAAGCACAACAAGCUUCGCAAGAUCUCCUGGGGUACCGCCCGUGCUGCAGCCGACAAGGAGAACGACAUUGAGGAGGUCACUGAGAUUGAGAGCAACUAUGGUGGAUCUCGACCUGUGAGCAGGGACUCCGAGUACCGUCCCCAGAGCCGUGAUUAUGACUCUCGCCCUGUCAGCCGCGAUAGUCUCGACUCUUCGUACUACAACAGCAGCAGACGCAGCGUUAGCUACGCUGGAAGCCACAGUGCUUGGACCGAGUCACAGUCCGGCAUGACCGAUGAUGGUCGUCGCACUAGCUUGGGCACGCUAGGCACCUAUGAAACUGGUAGCUAUAUGACCGGCAGCGACAUCGACCGCCGUACCAGCAUUGGCAGCACCAUUCGCAGCACAAUGGACCGCUCCGCUAUCCAAGAGGAAGAUUACGACAGUGAUCUUGAGAGUGAGCUUCACGUUGAGCCCGAGACUCCUGCUUUGCCUGUUGAUGCUGCUGUUGCCAAGGAUAUCGUACCUUAUGCUCCUCCCAGUGACUCUGGCAUUGGCUCAGAUCUUCCCACUGGCGCUCUUCAGGGCCACGACGAUUACUUUGCCGGUGCUGUUGUUCCUACUACAGUGGAUGAGAACAAGGCUGCUUGA